AUGAGACAGCAGGUCGGUUUCUUUCGCGACGAUGCGGAUGAUGCAUUCCAAUCGCCAGUGGAAUCAGAAAAUGAUGAUGUGGAUUCUGAUUUCGACCGUGCCGAAGAUGAAGAAGACGAACCAGAACCAAAAUUGGGUGCUAGCGGUGAGGCGAAAAGGGCGCUGUUGCAAAAGAACAAGAAAUGGGUGAUGGCACGAAUGGGUUGCCUUAUGGCACCAGCAAAUACAGUUACACCUGAAACACAGGUUUCUUACCCCGUAUGCUUAACAUUUUUCACAGUUUUACCGAAAUUACUGUAA